AUGGCUUUCUUUGACAAUCUCAAAGAGAAGGCCGUUUCUACGUUUAACCAGGUCCUUGACCGUAAAUCUGACCUGGGUCUCACCAAAGACCAGCUUUUUUGUCGGGAAUUCAAUCUCCCAGAAGGAGAAAGAGUAUUGUCUGAGCUGGCUGUGGAAGUGAGCUAUCGACCCGAAGCGGCGAAAGAAGUUUAUAAGAAUGGCAAUUAUCCACAAGGAAAACUAUAUCUAACUCCACAUUUUUUGGUUUUCAGGGACGUUUUUGACCGUCGGAACUGUUCUUUUACGUUACAUUUGUCUACAAUCAAAAAAGUUGAGCGGCUCCCUACAAGCUCCUAUGGAUUUGCUUUAGCAUUAUCUACACAUUCACGGAUCUAUAUAAAGCUCUACUUGGUGGGCCUCCGGUCUGACUCAGAGAGGUUUUCGUCUCAACUCAAAACAGCCUUGAGAAACAACUUGCCUAAUGUAAAGCAGUUGCACCCAUUUAUUCAAACGUGUUACUCGGAGUACUUAUUGGCGAAAAACAAGGUCUCCACAGAAAAGGUUGAAUCGAUCCCGCCUGGAGGGUUGGGCAUUAUUUUCAAGUUCCCAGGUAAUGCCAAGGAAUCACGCGAUAGGUCCAAAAUGAAGUUGUGGUUUGACUUGUUCAGGGCUGAUGGAAGAAACCUUUCCUUGAUCAAAACCCCAAUGUUCUAUAAGCUUGUUCGCGUUGGAUUGCCAAACAGACUUAGGGGAGAAAUCUGGGAGUUAUGUUGUGGUUCCAUGUUUUUAAGACUUGAUCACCAAAAUGAAUAUUUGAAGCUAAUUGAAGAUAAUAAAGACAAGAAUUCUGUCGCUAUCGAAGAAAUAUCCAAGGACUUGAACAGAUCAUUACCCGAGUAUGCAGCAUAUCAAGAUUCAGAGGGCAUUGAACGUUUACGCCGCGUUCUUACUGCGUACUCUUGGAAAAACCCCGACAUUGGUUACUGUCAGGCAAUGAACAUUGUUGUGGCAGCCUUACUUAUAUACAUGUCUGAAGAGCAGGCCUUUUGGUGCUUAAAUGUUCUUUGUGAUCGCGUCGUACCAGGAUAUUACUCAAAGACAAUGUAUGGCACCCUACUCGACCAACGAGUAUUCGAAUCUUUGGUUGCAGACACCAUGCCUAUGCUAUGGUCACAUAUUAAUAAGCACGACAUUCAACUCUCGGUCAUUUCCUUGCCUUGGUUCUUGUCGUUGUAUUUGACCUCCAUGCCAUUGGUGUUUGCUUUCAGAAUACUUGAUGUUUUUUUCUUGCAGGGCCCGAAAACGUUAUUUCAAGUGGCUUUGGCAAUAUUGAAAUUGAAUGGAGAGGAAUUGCUUCAGGCCGAGGACGAUGGCACUUUUAUUUCCAUCUUAAAAGAUUAUUUCCACACUUUGGAUCAAUCCGCUCACCCUACAGCUGGAAAUGCAAAAUAUGCUCUGGUGACAAAGUUUCAAGAAUUGUUGGUAACAGCUUUCAAAGAAUUUUCGGUUAUCAACGAUGAGACUAUUGAGAAGCAUAGAGCAAAGCAUAGAGAUUCCAUUUUCCAGAACAUCACCACCUUCGUCAAGAGAACGGAAUUGCGUAACUUACCCAAGACUGCAAACUUAACACCUGACGAUUUAUCUUUGAUCUAUGACCGAUUCUACACUAUUGUUCAAUCUACCAUAACUGUAGGAUCAGGCUCUAGUAUGAUGGAUUAUGAGGCUUUUCAAAUCUUUAUGGGACAAAUUUGUGAUUGGGUUGAGCCCGAAGCUGUUGACGAAUAUGCAGAGAAACAAGACAAAUUUUUAAAACGAUUGUUCAACAAAUGGGAUAUCGAUCACCAAAAUGAACUCUCGUUGGCGAAUUUAGUUUCUGGAUUGGAUUCCCUAAUGGAAACAGAUUUGCUUUCUUCAAUUUCUAACUUUUUUGCCCUUUACAGCAAAAAUGACGCUGUGGAUCGUGAAGGUAUAUUGACAAUUUCUGAAGAUUUGCUUCACAUUACAACACCAUGGAAAGAAGGGCUCCUUUUAGACUCUCUUACUGAAAUUGCUAUCGAAAAUGCCAUUGCUGAUGAAAUCUACAAACAGCAACAAGAACAACACUCUGCAGAGAAGGGCAAUAUUGCAAUUCCAUCCAGUAUCGAUAUAGACAAGAAGAAGAUCGAGAAUAUGCAACUUGAAAGAUACUUGUCAGCAGCAAGCACAUUCAUUCAACGUGCAUUUGAAUAUGCUGUACCUGUGGAGGAUAAGCCUCUAAUUGAAGAGUUAGCUGUUGACAAUUCUAUUUCUCAUAAUGCAGCAUUGAAUCCAAACACACCUGUCACCCUUAACCUUCCCACCUUCCGGAUGGUUGUACUUGCCGAUGAGACAUAUGAGUUAUUCUUCAGUACUACUUUGCGGCAAUCAAUCCAUAUCGACAAGCCAUUGGACUCCAAAGUGGCAACAAUGCGCAAUUUGAGAGAUAUGUUCGAUGGGCUUCUAGCAGAUGGAAGAGAAGUUGCGAAAAAGGUUCGCCGUCGUAUGGAUUCUGCUGCCCAUUCACAAAGUGAUAACUCUUCAGAAAAAUCAUCAAAGACUCAUAAAACUCUGGAAGAUGAUGAGGACGGAGAUGAUGAUUUUGGAAUCACCGAAAUUGACGAUAAUGAUAAAGAUCUUUUGCUUGGUGCCGAGGCACAGGUUUAUACCGACCCAGUGCACAAGACUCCAGCAGACAGGAGACAAAUUGAAAAUUUCCACAAAGCUGAACAACAAGCAUCUGGCAAUGAGGCUCAUUCUCACCAUAAGAAUCUCAUUGAGUUUGAAACUUAA